AUGCCUACUACUACUAUCGUUCAACUAAUAUGUGGGCUAAUAUCUGCAGCUGCUAUUCUUUACCAGAGAAGAUAUAAUAAGAUUCAUAGGUCAAUAUACGGACUUUCCUAUGACCUGUAUACGUUUGAUUUAUUGGGACAUCUCAUAUCCGUGUAUUGUUCUCUUAAUUAUAAGUUUUCACCGCUAACAAGAACACAACUGUCGAACCGAUUCCCAUUGUUCUAUCCCUUGGAAGAUCCUAAAAUACCGAUUUCGUCAUGGUUGGUAUUGACACAUCUCAUAAUUAUUGCAUCCGGAGUAAGUGUGUUUAGACAAUUAUUGGCAUACCGGUCAACAAAACAUAUCUAUCAAGGCAUAUCACUUACCGUUGUCAUUUUAUUGAGCAUCUUCUCUCUAUUGGCAGUAUUCACAUUCGCUUGUUCCUGUCUGAAUUUUCCCAAAAAUAUGGGUAAAUAUGGAAUAUUUUAUUUGGAUCAUAUUAAUUACCUUUGGUUGGCCGGAAAUAUCAUGCUAACCUUCAAAUUUGUACCGCAGAUUUCAUUAAAUUGGAUGGGUCUCUCAACAAGCGGUGUAUCAUCCAAAUAUGUCAUACUAAAUUUAUUGAAUAAUCUCAUCAGUAUAUUGGAAUAUCAUGUAUUCUCAAAAAUUGUCCAAAGUGACUUGCAAUGGUGGCAAUACCCAUUUAAUUACAAGCCGAUCUUUGUCUCAUGGAUUCAAUUGGUUUCAAUCAUAAUUAUACUGUAUCAAGCACAGUUCCUUUACGUUAGAAGUAACGUUUAUUUACCUAAGGGUAAGGGAUCAUCAUUACUUUUAUAA